CUGAGAAGAGUCAGUGCUGAGUCUCCAGUGUUCCUUUCAUAUCUGCACCAAAGCGAGCCUGAGACCCUGCAAAGCAAGGCAUGCGCUCCUCAUUCGCAGCUCUUUUAAAUUGAGCUCUUAUGGGCAUUUGCAGCAGCCUGGCUGAGUCAGAGCUGAGAGGAGCAGCAGCAGCAGCCUACACUUAAUCACUCCAUUGGAUAUAUAAUAACCUCCAGGACGCAGGGAACUGAAGAAAACCCCUCAGCUGGUUGCAGGGCAACACUGAGCAAAAAGCUUUACCACAGGCUGCUAUAUAUGAUUCGAUAUGGAAUUUUGACAAAGUGCCAAUUAUCCUUUAAUCCAGGAAGUGCUGAGUACCCACCCGUCAAGUGUUUCAAGAUGAGCACCAAAAACUGAGGGACCCAGAAUUACAAGUAACGUUCGAAAAAGGUGGACCAAAAACCUGGAUGUGAAUUGCUAGCACGUGGAACAUCAGGCUGAGAUUACAAGGCAUCAGAGACGUUGUAAGGCUAAAUGUAUUAAUGUUUGCAAAGCACUCUGAGACCCUCACACAGAAGACACUCUUGAGAAGUGCAAACUACUACUAUAUCAUUUCUGAAAACCACAUUAUUGAUGAGAGGAGUUACUAUGAAGAACAGCAACAGAGGUUCAGUGGCCUAGGCAUGGAAGCUAUUAGGAUGCUCUGGAAACUUGCCUUAUCUGUUUUUCUGGUGGCGACCUUGGUUAAAGUAACAGAUACCAGGAAAAACCGUCCUGCAGGAGCAAUUCCAUCUCCCUACAAAGACAGCACAAGCAACAACUCAGAGAGGAGGCAGCAUCUGAACAAAGAAGUACUGGCCUCCAGCCAGGAGGCCCUGGUGGUCACUGAGAGGAAGUACCUUAAAAGUGACUGGUGCAAAACCCAACCCCUGCGGCAGACUGUCAGCGAGGAGGGCUGCAUAAGCCGCACCAUCAUCAACCGUUUCUGCUAUGGCCAGUGCAACUCCUUCUACAUCCCCCGGCAUGUGAAAAAGGAUGAGGAAUCCUUCCAGUCCUGUGCUUUCUGCAAGCCUCAGAAAGUCACCUCCUUCACUGUGGAGCUGGAGUGCCCUGAGCUGGAUCCACCUUUCCGACUCAAGAAAAUCCAGAAAGUCAAGCAGUGCAGGUGUAUGUCUGUGAACCUCAGCAACUCAGACAAACAGUGAAAGCAAGUAUCUGGCUACUGCUUGGCAUCACCCCAUCGGAUUUGCUGCUGUCUCUCCUCUUCCCUGAGCAGACUCAUUGUCUGGUUUUCUUUCUUCAGGAUGCAUCUUUCUAGCAUGGAAGGCUCACUUGUCAUUUGCCUACUGGAACUAAAAUUUGUCCUGGGCUAUGUUAGGCACCUUGCCAUAAAACCUCAACAUAUUUCCAAUAUAAUCCUCUUAAAAUUGAAUUUUAAGGGUGGAGCAGGCCCCUCCGAAUUUGGGAUUGAUCAUCUAGGUGACCGAUGGCUGAAUCCAGCAUUAACGUUUCCACUAUGUGGGAAAAACCCUCUGCCCUACACUCCAGUCCUUUCUGUGGGAAGAAAAUGUGUCUCGCUACCUUUGCCAUCUCACUCAGUGUUCAGUCUGGAGCUUUUCACCUUCAUAUUUAAGCGCUUGGUGCUGCCAGCUGCGGCUGUGAGGUGCAGCUAUGGGAUACAGUAGAGUACUAAAAGAAAAUGAGGCUGUGAGCAUGAUGAGGGAACUCUAACUGUAGGAUGACAGAAUGGCUCUGCGCUCCUUGUCUGAGAUGGAGAUGAGCAUGGGGAGAGGGAAUGUUAAGUCAGCCACAACUCUCUCAGCAGCUACCACUUUUCCACCAGCAGACUGAAGAUGGAUUCUUGUGCUGCUGCAGUUUGACUAUAUCAAACACACAGUCUCUACAGCAAUGUUUAUUUUGUAUCCUAGCUAUAGUAAAGUUGUUUAAAGUAUUAUUAGACCUAGCCAUAUAUAUUUUUUCUUCUGGCAGAAUAUUCCAAAGAUUAGAUUAAAGUGUCUUGAGUAAAUAGACUUGAUUGCUAGGUCAGUCACCUGACUUGAAACUGACAGGUUUUGAAUGGGCUUUCAGUAGAUUCUGCCUUUAGUAUGUUCCCAAACCCAUCCAGUUAUUGCUGUGUAUUUAUACCUGUGUGGGGUAGGGUGGGGCAGAGGGUAUUAAAACACUUGUGGGAGCAGUAUUCCACUUAAGUUAUUAAAGCAUUGUAGCACAAAGGACAGAUUGCAGUCAUUGUUGCUUUGAAUACAAAUGCUGCCUUACGUAUCAGUUUCUUCAGGUGGCGGGAGCAUCUUCCACACAGUGAAUGGGAAUCAAGUGGCCUUUGUCAUGUUGAAAGAAGAGCAGGCUAGCAAAUGCUUGUAGAAGGUGGUCACAGCUACAGAAAUGAGGAAGAGUUCUGU